UUUUGAAAACCGAAGAUCUGAUGCAUCAUCGUUAUCGUCAAAAUGUUCCCGUAAUAAAACUUGAUUUUUCUGCUAUAUUUCACUCUUUUGUUCUAUUACUGUGAUUGCAGUGAUAAGAGAGAUAGCGACAAUACUAUUGAAACAUAAAUUCUGUGCGUAAAGGAACUGUGACCAUCCGCGACCGAGGUGGUUGGCGAAUGUUUAUCAUUUGCAUCUGCAUAGGGGAAUUGAAAACAAGCCAUUAAAUAGGAAAAAGCCCGACGUCAGAAAGGUGAAACCGAAAACUUACUAUCAAGACAUUCAAUGUCCAUGUAGUGAACGUGAGUGAUCUCUAUAUCGCUUUUCGGUGUAAGACUGUGUGACCAAUAUUAUGCGCUUCUAAAAAAAAGUACAAACCUAACCAAGUGGAAAAAAAUGAAAGGAACUUUUGGUUGAAAAACUACGUGGGAUCAGUUUAAUUUGUUUGUUGUGGAUUGCGUGGUCAGCUUCUGCUCUGUGCUGCAUAGACCAGUGACCUUUAGUGGGACUGACAAAGAUUAAACCAUUAUUCCCGGAUUAUAGAAGUUGGUGGUCUGUUGGUGAUAACUGCCAACGGAUUAGCUUCAAGAAUCGUGGCAAUUUGACGGUGUACGAAAGUUGACCAACGCGCGUUGGCUAGAUAAGCGGUACCACCAUGGGUGCAAUAAUAUCGAGAUUUCGGAAAGAGAAAACAACUUAUGAGAAACUGGAAAACCUAGAGGAAAAAAUCAGAGACAUCGAAGCGUACACCAUCAGCACUCAAGCACGACAGAAACGUUUUGUGGGAAAUUUCCUGGUCAUCUCAAUUGGACUGUACGUGCUUUCGUCGUUAGUAUUUUAUUUCGCGUUCUUUCCGCCAACAUGGAACGAAAGAAUUAUACACUCGUUGCCUCUGCUGAUCUGUCCUAUGAUCAUAACUUUAUUCAAAAAAAGUCUGGCCUGGUACUUCGAGCGAAAGGUGGUAAUAAACACAAAUGAACUUAAAGAACUACGGGCGGAAAAAAAGAGAAUAUUGGAAAAGGUAAUGGACAAAGAGACCUACAAAGUAGCGGUGGAUAUUUUGAACCGGUUUGGUGACAAAUCGCACAAAGCCCAGACACAGUCUCUGAGUUCCCUGUCGCCUCCAAGAGGAACCCAACCACUCCCGAUGACUCCCAAGAUGCCAGGACAGAUUAGGCCUCAAUUGGCACCUCAAUCUGCACCAGGCAUCCAAAUGACACCAGUCGGAGCCAGACAGAUGCCGGUAACACCGAUUGGGUUCAACGUAAACGUUAGACAGCCCACACCGAUGGCGUAUCAACAGCAAUCGGCUGGUCUUAUUCACAGACCCAUUGGGAUGGGGGGUUCUCAAACGAUGCCUUACCGACGCACUCCCUUCCCCAUCAUCAACCACAGCCAGAAAGGGAUGAUCGAAAAAAUGGUCGAUUAUCUUGUCGGCGAUGGUCCGAACAGUCGAUUUGCAAUGAUUUGCAGAGAAUGCACGAUGCAUAAUGGUAUGGCCCAUCAGGAAGACUACGAAUACACUGCGUUUCGAUGUGCGUUCUGUGGAGUGUUCAAUCCAGCUAAGAAACAACGUUCGCAGGCUCCUAGACUGCCAUUCGAGCAAGCUCAAAUGGAUAAAUUAGCUGAACUACGACGAUCCAGUCCGUCGGUGUCGGAAUCGGAAGCCUCUUCGCCUGAAGAUAGUCACACUGCUGAGAUUGUAGCGGCUACCAAUCAAGGCGAAGAAGCACCGGACACAGAGGUUCCUACCGAAGAGAACGUAUUCGAGAAAAGUGACGGAAGUGAACCAGAAGUGGAAACUGUAGCAAAACCGGAGGAUAGUAAUACUCGUGCAGCGGAAUCCGAAAAUGACAAUCAGGAAAAUUCGACCAGCGAAGAAACCCCUCUGAUGGAAACAGAAAACAAAACGGACUGAAAAAAUUCUAUUAUUAUAUUUUUUGUUUGCCAAACAAGCCAUGGAGUUAAUGCUCCCAGAUUUGUUAGUGCAUUUGUUCUACAAUCAAUGGUCAGACAGCGGCACGAAGCUCCUUGCACGGCUUUGUUUUGCUAUGGCAGUUCGUAAAGAACAGUACAGCCAUCAAAGUCGUGUUUAACGGGGUCAUCUCGAUGAGUAAGCCGGCAGUUAAUCUUUGGCAUGCGAAAGAAGCAGUUAGUCUCAUGCAAAAUGAUGCAAUUUGCUUAAUCUCUUACUCACUUUUUUUCCGAAAUUUUAGUCGAAACUGUAUUUCCAAUUUGUUAGCUCUGACACUAUUUGUUUUUUUUUAUCAAUUCCUUAUAUCGCUUUUAUAGCUGUACUCGCGAAAUAGUCUUAUGUAGAUUUUAAUUAGUCGAAGCACUUUUCGUAUUCGUAUAUGUUUUUCAACUGUGAGAGAUUUCAAUAAUAAAAUGAAUCGUUAGAGAGCUGAGACAUGGAAUUCAGGCGCAGAUGUAACAUAACGCUGUACUAGAGGGGAAUAGCUUUAGACGAAAACUGUGGCAUGGCCGUUUUAAGGUAAGAAAAAUUAGAAGGCACGGACGUGUAUAAUUUAAUUUAUUAAACUUUUGUAUUUGAGUGUAAAAAAUGAAGAUUUGUUAUCCUUUUUAUAAGAAAUCAUACAACAUAUUAAAACGGCAAUGGUGACGAAUAAAGUUUGUUGUU